AUGCAAAAAAUAACCUUCUGUUUCUGCUGGCUCGCCCAACAGGCCACUCAUCAUCGUCUUCGUACAAAUCGCCUCUCCCCACCAUUUCAUAGUUCCCUUCUCCUUUAUUCAUCUCAUCUCCCAAUCCAAGCAGCUGAAAACAGCAGCAGUAGCAUCGCCAUUUCCCCAAAUACAGUCGAGUCGAGGCAUUUCUCCCCUCUCUCUCGCAGCCAUCAAGCAAAGGGUUUCCCCGGUACCAGUUGCAGCCACCGAGCUGCAUCCCCAGCUCUGCGAAAUCUGAUUUUUCCCUCCUCGUUGUGUUUUCAGAUGGCGUCCAGCGUUAUCUCUGCUGCAGCUUCUGCAUCUCCUUCGGCUUGCCCUGUCACUGACCUUCUCAAGGGGAAGGCAAAACUUGGGAGUGGCAAUGUCGGUUCUUUGUUCAUCAAGGACAAAGGCAAUCCCUUUCUGAACUCAAAGUCUUGCGGGAGGAUUACUAUGGCUGUUGCUGUCAAUGUCUCACGUUUUGAAGCCAUUACUAUGGCUCCACCUGACCCCAUUUUGGGAGUUUCAGAAGCUUUUAAGGCGGACAAUGAUGAAAAGAAACUCAACCUUGGAGUUGGUGCUUAUAGGACUGAAGAGCUACAGCCUUAUGUGCUUGAUGUUGUUAAGAAGGCGGAGAAUCUUAUGCUGGAGAGGGGCGAAAAUAAAGAGUAUCUGCCCAUUGAGGGGUUAGCAGCAUUCAAUAAGGCGACUGCAGAGCUGUUGUUUGGAGCUGACAGCCCCGUGAUCAGUGAACAAAGAGUCGCCACAAUUCAAGGUCUCUCCGGAACUGGAUCCUUACGGCUAGCUGCAGUUUUAAUCGAACGAUACUUCCCGGGUGCAAAAGUUUUGAUUUCCUCUCCAACUUGGGGCAAUCACAAGAAUAUUUUCAAUGAUGCUAGAGUUCCAUGGUCCGAGUACAGAUAUUAUGACCCAAAGACAGUUGGUCUGGAUUUUGAGGGCAUGAUAGAGGACAUAAAGGCCGCUCCUGAAGGAUCAUUUGUGUUACUUCAUGGUUGUGCUCACAACCCAACCGGCAUUGAUCCAACCCCUGAACAGUGGGAGAAAAUUGCAGAUGUUAUUCAGGAGAAGAACCAUAUCCCCUUCUUUGAUGUUGCAUAUCAGGGAUUUGCUAGUGGGAGCCUUGAUCAAGAUGCAGCAUCAGUAAGACUAUUUGCUGCUCGUGGCAUGGAAAUUUUUGUUGCUCAGUCAUACAGCAAAAAUCUGGGCCUCUACUCCGAGAGAAUUGGUGCUAUCAACGUCGUCUGCUCAUCUUCGGAUACUGCAGCAAGGGUUAAGAGCCAGCUGAAGAGAAUCGCCAGGCCAAUGUACUCCAACCCUCCAAUUCACGGGGCUCGAAUCGUGGCCAAUGUCGUUGGAGAUCCAGCUCUCUUUGGUGAAUGGAAGGCUGAGAUGGAGAUGAUGGCUGGGAGGAUUAAGGGAGUAAGACAGAAGCUCUACGACAGCCUGACCUCAAAGGACAAGAGUGGAAAGGAUUGGUCUUUCAUACUUAAGCAGAUCGGCAUGUUCUCAUUCACUGGCUUGAACAAAAUUCAGAGCGAUAAUAUGACGAAUAAGUGGCAUGUGUACAUGACGAAAGAUGGGAGGAUUUCAUUAGCUGGACUGAACUUGGCCAAGUGCGAGUACCUUGCAGACGCCAUUAUUGACUCAUACCACAAUGUCAGCUAAAUCUCUGUGCAUUCAUCGUCACGCAACAGCCGGUAGAACCGUAGAGGCCGAGUAUUCAAGUCUUUUUCUUUGUUGAGUUGAUUCUACUGCGACCUGUAUGAUUUGGUUACUAAUAAUCCCUUGUUUCUCUCUACCACCUUGUAUCUGGUUGGUUGGGGAAGCCUAUUGUUACACCGGAUUUUUUCAGCCUAGUGUAGGAAAAGCUAUGUGUACCCAAGAGGAAAGGGUAUUGGUUCUUGUUUGUUUUAUCGACUUCAUUAUAUGGCGGGGGCUUUGGUUAUAUAUAUGACAGAAUAAAAGUUUCUCAACUUCCACUGAAAAAGUGAAGACGUUGAGUAUUUGUUUU